GUAAUAAUCAACAACUUCAAAAGUUUUCAUGGUUUUAACAUAAUUGAAGAAAUUUUACCCUGCCACAAUGUAAUUGUGGGAGAUAAUGGAGCUGGGAAAUCAGUUUUUUUACAAGCAAUUGAUUUUUUGUUGAGAUUUGAAAAUAAACAAGCAAGCAAAGGGAAUAUAGCAAAUAUACUGAGUCAAAGAGAAAAAAAAGGCUUUAUUGAAAUAUUAUUGUCUGGAUGUGAAUUACCACUUGAAGAUGAUCUAUCCUCUCUUAAGAGAUGCAAUAAUGAUGACAGUGCUUCUAGCACAGCUUCAUUUUUACAACACUCAUAUUCUCAAAUUGAGGCUGCAUUAAAUGAUAAACAGAAUAUUUUAAAUAGUUUAAUUGAAGAAAAUUGUAAAUUGAUUGAAAAGAAAGAGAAAAUUCAUCUAUCAGCUCAAGAUAUUACAAAAACAAUUUUUUUUAUGAAAAAAGGAGAAGAAACGUUUAAGUGUAGUAUACAGUCUAAGGCUGAAGAGAAGAUUAAAUGUAUAUAUGAAGAGUUAGAUAAUGUUACGAAAGAGUUGGAAUCAAGAAAAAAUGUUUUAACAGAACUGGAUUCUCAAAAACAGUUGAAAGAAGGAAUGAGACUACAUUUAUUAUCAAAAAUACAAAGAACUAAAGAUUUUCCGAGCAAGGAAGAAAGAAAUUUGCAGCUCCAUGUGAAAGUCAAAUCAAUGUCAGAGCAAAUUAAGAAUAUAGAAGAAGAGUUAAAUAUACUUUCAAUUAGAAAAGAAGAAUUACUUUAUAGCAAAGAAUUUAUGGAUGGGAAAAUUGAGAAUCUGAAAAAACAAUUGCAAGAACAAGAAGAGUCUUUUGGUCAAAAUAUUUUUCAAGCUAAACAGCGAUUGAAUAGUUUCUUUGAUUCUAUGAGUGACAUCCGAAGAGAAGAAAGAAUAUUAGAAGAUAAAAUCUCAGAAAUUUCUUUGAAUAUUCAAGAAAAAAUGUUACAACUCAAGAAAAAAAUUGGAAGUGCCACUGUUAUUGGAGCUGAAAGCCUCCUUACAGUCGUAGAAGCCUGUAAAAGUUCUCAGAGUCAUAAAUGGCUGAGUGAUGGUUAUUAUGGUAUGGUAAUAGAAAAUUUUGAAUGCCCUGAAGAGCUGAGUAUAGCUGUUGAAAGCGCAAUUGGAAAUAGAUUGUUUGCACACAUUGUCUCAAAUAUCAAAAUUGGUACCAAUAUCCUAAAGGAAAUAAAUAAUCACAAACUGGGCGGUGAAAUACUGUUCCUACCUAUGGACAACUUAAUUGAGACAUCUUAUAUUUAUCCUGUAUAUGAAGAUGUUGAACCAAUUCUCAAUAGAAUGAAAUUCAAACCACAAAUGGAAAAAGUUAUGAAAUAUUUAUUUGGUCGUGUCUUGAUUUGUAGAAAUAUUGAUGUUGCAGUCAAUGUUAUGAAAAAAACUAGUGGAUUAAUAUCUAUAACACUGGAAGGAGAUAAGGUAUCCAAAAGUGUUAUGUCUGGUGGGUAUGUUAGUAACUCAAAAUGUUCCAAGAUCUUGUUUUCAGAAAUUAAUCGUCUACAAGAAACCAAUAUAUUAAAAACUGAAGAACUUGAAAAUGUUCAAAAUAAAAUAAAUGAGUUGGAAGAAAAAAUUAAUCGUGGAAUAUCAUACAACCAGAAACUCAAAAAGAAAUAUUCCAGCACUGUUCUGAAAGAAAAUUUACAAAGACUGAUUGAUGAUCAGAAGUAUGGAAGCAAGGAAUUUAUGAACAUUAAUGUACUGAUUGAAAACAAGAAACAUUCCAUUAGAGAACUUCUAGUAUCCCGGAGGAUGUUAAUUGAAGAAAUAUCUGAGGAUUUUGAAGAAAUAAAUGAAAAAAUAAAUGAUGAGGUCAUAUUACUUAAUAGAGAAAUAAAGGAAUAUGAAAACAAUCUCCACCAUAAAAAUCUUGAGCUGACUGCGUUAGAAAGUAAAAAAUUGAAAUUGGAAAAUGAUUUAUGUCAUCAAAGAAAGUUGAAAAGUUUACAAGAACUUGAUAAAUCUGAAAUGAAGACUUAUAUGAAGAAACUUACAGAUUAUAAAUUGAAGGAGGAAAUAAUAGAUAAUCGGACCAAAAUGAUAAUAAAUAAAAUUGAAGAAACUGAGAAAUCAAUAGCUGAUUUAAUCAGUGAAAAACUUAAAUUGGAAGAGGAUAUAAAAGAGAGUUCAGAAUUAGAUAUAUCCAUUGGAAGGAGAGAUAAAAUCAUCAAAAAAAUAAUGCUGUAUAAGAACAGAUUGUCUAAGUACCAAGCUGUGUAUAGUAAAAUUCAUAUCUCUUCGAAUGAGUCAAAUGAAUAUUCUGAGUUCAGCCUGCCAAUGCUAUAUAAUGAACUAAAAAAUGAGAACAAAAUCUUGAAAUUAGCUUUAGAAAACAGCAAAAAUGAGAGAAGGAAGAAAAGAAUUACAAAUCUGUAUAAAAAAUAUGAGCGGUUAUACAAUGGUUUUACAAAUAAUUAUGUAAUAUAUUCACAUUUCGUGGAGUGGUAUCACAGUUAUAUAGAACAAUGUUUAAACAAUGUGUCAGAUAGUUUUUCAGAAUUUUUUGAAUCAUUAACGUCUGGUGGAGAUGCAAAUUUAUUUCUGGACAAUGAGGAAUCAUCUGGCAGUUGGCCAGCAUUAGAAAAUAUUACAGGGCUUCAAAUGUGUGUACAAUUUCCAAAUUCAGCUGAGACGUGGAAUCUUUCGAACUUAUCAUUUAGCCAGUCAUCAUUAGUUGCUCUUGCAUUAAAAUUCUCUGUAAUCAAAAGUUUUACCAUUCCUAUUUUUAUUUUGGAUGAAAUUGAUCGGCCAUUAGAAGAUGAACAGCAAAAAUUAGUCUGCCAUCAAAUUUUAAAAUUAGAGGGUCAAGUUCAAACUUUCACUGCAUCACACUCCCAAGAAUGGAUUAAACUUGGCAAAAAUGUUUAUCAUGCAACAUUUAAUUAUACAGGUAGCAAUAUUAAGAAACUUACUGCAACAGAAGUAGCACAUUUUCUUAAUGAAAGACAGACGCCAGUUGCUCAAAGUCAUAGUUUUGGUUCUGGAUAUGAUACAGUUUCUUCAAUCCUUGCAUAG